UUUUGUACGAACACAGCAUAACCUUGACUUCAUUAUUAAGAAAUAAAACCGGGAAUUCAAAGGGGGAAUCCCCUUACUAUAAAUUUUGAGUCAAGUGUUUGUGUGCUAGGAUAAGGCAUGUGUUACGCGAGAGAUGUGGGUUGUUUUCAUUGGCUGGCUUUAGAUUUAUUGCUAGCUUCAGGGUUUUACUGCUACACGGUCAGGUCAAACCAUCUCGAAUGCGAUACGAAGUUUAGACGAUUUUAUUGGAUUAGCAAAGAUGUGUGUGUGUUAUUCUUCGCUGCGUGGUCUUGAAGGCAUAGUAAGAAAAUGUCAUACAGAAUGAAAGAAAUAAAGUGAAGAAAUAAAGUGAAGAAUUAAAGUGAAGAAAUAAAGUGAAGAAAUAAAGUGAAGAAAUAAAGUGAAGAAAUAAAGUGAAGAAAUAUAGUGAAGAAAUAAAGAGGAGAAAUAAAGUGAAGAAAUAAAGUGAAGAAAUAAAGUGAAGAAAUAACAUGAAGAAAUAACGUGAAGAAAUAAAGUGAAGAAAUAAAGUGAAGAAAUAAAGUGAAGAAAUAAAGUGAAGAAAUAAAGUGAAGAAAUAACAUGAAGAAAUAAAUUGAAGAAAUAAAGUGAAGAAAUAAAGUGAAGAAAUAAAGUAAAGAAAUAAAGUGAACAAAUAAAGUGAACAAAUAAAGUGAACAAAUAAAGUGAACAAAUAAAGUGAACAAAUAAAGUGAACAAAUAAAGUGAACAAAUAAAGUGAACAAAUAAAGAAAUAACUUAAAAAACAAAGUAAUAAUGAGAAUAUAUAAAGCAAUAACUUCAACAAGCAAAGGAAUCAAGAAAACAAAUAAAGAAAUAACUUCAACAAACAAACAAAUAAAGUUACAAAAGAAUCAAGUGUGCAAAUAAAGAAAUAAACCAAAGAUGUCACUGGGAAAUCAAGUAGACAACAGCCAGCUAGUAGUUGUAGUUUUAAAAAUGUUAAACAACAAGAUUAGUACCCAGAGCUCUUUAGUGAUAUGGCUGUUCUCAUUCAUUUUCCAAUUUCUGGGCUUUCCUAAAAAGCAAGCAUUUUUUUGGCAAUGUAUAUUCUACGUUGUUACAAGUUUCAUCACAUCUGUGGUUCCUGAAUACGUAGCAAUUUAUCUGGAAUCUUUAAUGUAUUGGGUUGGUAUCCCCUCUUUGGUAUUCUUGUAUCAUAUUCAAACUAGGGUCAACAUUUUUUAUAGUUCUUACCUCAGGGGUUUUGUUUCUUUUUUUCUGUAUAUGAGAUCCCCCAUGCACCAGUUAGCUGAGAAAAAUAGCAACACUCUUUUAGAAGACUGUGUUAAGGGGUCAAACAGGUAUAAAGAUUGUAAGGACUCCUGGGGUUGGACACCUUUACAUGUGUGUGCAAAGAACGGGAAUACAGAGCUGGGAGCGUUGCUUCUUAAAGAGGGAGCAAAUUUAAAUACAAAAACCUGGUUUUUUGGAAUUGGGAAAACAGCUUUACAAAUAAGCGUUGAAAAAGGUCACAAAAGUUUUGUUGAUCUAUUGAUACAAAAGAAAGCGAAUGUCAAUGAGCGUACUUUUUGGUCAAGAAAAACCGCUUUACAUUUGUCUCUCGAAAAUGGACAUGAAGAUGUUGCUGAUGCGUUGUUGCGUGCAGGAGCUGAUGUAAAUCUGGUUGAUAGGCAAGGUAAGACAGCUUUCCAUUAUGCUGCUAGUCGUGGAUGUGAUAAAAUCGUAAAGCUGCUUUUAGAAAGAGGUGCUGUUAUUAAUAGUAGAAACGAGCAUGGAAAGACUGCGUUACACUACUGUGCAGAAACAGCAAAUAGCGUCAUGACAAAUAUUUUACAAAAAGCUGGAGCCUCAGCAAACUUAAAAGACAACGAAGGUAAAAUACCUUUACACUAUGCUGCCAUCAAAGGGCGUACAGAAACAGCUUUAACGCUGGUGAAAUUUACAGACUUUCUCGAUACGACUGACAACUGCGGCAAAACGGCUUUACACUACAGCUCCCAGAGAGGCCUCACGGAAGUCGUGAAGACGUUAGUGGAAGCCGGAGCUGGUGUUGACGUCACUGACCAUUACGGGAAAACCCCAUUGCACUACAGCGCUGAAGCAAACUAUCUUAACGUAAUCAGAGUACUCGCCCAGAAGGACGCUAACCUUGACAUUGUUGACACUUCCGGUCAGACAGCCUUGGAUGUGGCCACGGAAAAAUCAAACGAUGACGCUGUUGCAGUUCUGAGAAAACACGGCGCUAAGGUGUUGAAACAAAAGAGAAAUAAAUUCAUGGCAGCGUGGAGUUGUACCAGAAGUCUAGUAAUUCCAUCCACUUGGGCUAUACAGACAGGAUAUUCAUAUCUAGCAAACAGUUUGAAAUCAAAUUCUCCAAGAUCGACAACAUCCUCUACAAAUACAGAAGUCAAAACACAGCUUAAUUUGAAUGCUACUGGAUCAGAAGUUUCAGCUUCUGAAGAUAAAAUACUUGAUAUUGAUACAACAUCUACAACACCUAUUAACAUACCAUCAAAUACUGAUACAGCACCAACCACUAAUAAUGCACCUGUUACAACAGCAACUGCUUUUAGUAGUGAGAUACAACCAACGUCUUAUAUUACACCAAAUACUAAAGCCACACCAAAUACAACACCAACUAAUGAUGUACCACAAACUUCUCAUACUACACCAAAUAUUGAAAAUACACCAAAUAUUGAAAAUACACCAAAUACAACACCAACUAAUGAUGUACCACAAACUUCUCAUACUACACCAAAUAUUGAAAAUACACCAAAUAUUGAAAAUACAUCAAAUACAACACCAACUAAUGAUGUACCACAAACUUCUCAUACUACACCAAAUAUUGAAAAUACACCAAAUAUUGAAAAUACACCAAAUACAACACCAACUAAUGAUGUACCACAAACUUCUCAUACUACACCAAAUAUUGAAAAUACACCAAAUAUUGAAAAUACACCAAAUACAACACCAACUAAUGAUGUACCACAAACUUCUCAUACUACACCAAAUAUUGAAAAUACACCAAAUAUUGAAAAUACACCAAAUACAACACCAACUUUUGAUAUACCACAAACUUCUAAUACUACACCAAAUAUUGAAAAUACACCAAAUAUUGAAAAUACACCAAAUACAACACCAACUUUUGAUAUACCACAAACUUCUAAUACUACACCAAAUAUUGAAAAUACACCAAAUAUUGAAAAUACACCAAAUACAACACCAACUAAUGAUGUACCACAAACUUCUCAUACUACACCAAAUAUUGAAAAUACACCAAAUAUUGAAAAUACACCAAAUACAACACCAACUAAUGAUGUACCACAAACUUCUCAUACUACACCAAAUAUUGAAAAUACACCAAAUAUUGAAAAUACACCAAAUACAACACCAACUUUUGAUAUACCACAAACUUCUAAUACUACACCAAAUAUUGAAAAUACACCAAAUAUUGAAAAUACACCAAAUACAACACCAACUUUUGAUAUACCACAAACUUCUAAUACUACACCAAAUAUUGAAAAUACACCAAAUAUUGAAAAUACACCAAAUACAACACCAACUAAUGAUGUACCACAAACUUCUCAUACUACACCAAAUAUUGAAAAUACACCAAAUAUUGAAAAUACACCAAAUACAACACCAACUUUUGAUAUACCACAAACUUCUAAUACUACACCAAAUAUUGAAAAUACACCAAAUAUUGAAAAUACACCAAAUACAACACCAACUAAUGAUGUACCACAAACUUCUCAUACUACACCAAAUAUUGAAACUACACCAAAUAUUGAAAUCACGCCAAAUACAACACCAGCUUCUGAUAUACCCCACACUUCUGAUACAAUACCAAUUACUUCUAUACAACUGCUUUCUCUAACAACAACAAUCAAACCAUCGACUAAUUAUAUUAAUCGCGAUACGACACUAACAACUACUACAAGUCGAACUACUGAUACACUAAAAACUACGAAUACAACACCAUCUACAAUGCCAAAUACUCAUAUAACACAAACUACUGAUAAAACUACUACAAGUCGAACUACUGAUACACUAAAAACUACGAAUACAACACCAUCUACAAUGCCAAAUACUCAUAUAACACAAACUACUGAUAAAACACCAACUACAACAUCAACUAAUCAUAUAACGCCAACUUCUUAUGUGCCGCCAACUGUUGAUACAACAUCAAGUACUGAUAUAACAGCAACCACUGAUACGACAACAACUACUAAUACAACGCCAUCUACAACAUCAAUUACUGAUAAAUUAUCGACUGCUGAUAUACUAACAACUACUGAUAAAACACCAAAUGCUGAUAUAACACUAACAUCUGUUAUACCACAAACUACUGAUACAACUCAAAUUACGACGCCAACUACUUAUAUAACACCAACUACGGAUACAUCCCCAACUACCGAUAUUUCAUCAACUUAUGCUAUUCCAACAACUACUGAUAUCCCACCAACUUCUGAUAUCCCACCAACUACUGAUAUCCCACCAGCUACUGAUAUCCCACCAACUACUGAUAUCCCACCAACUACUGAUAUCCCACCAACUACUGAUAUCCCACCAACUACUGAUCUAGCACCAACUACUGAUAUCCCACCAGCUACUGAUAUCCCACCAACUACUGAUAUCCCACCAACUACUGAUCUAGCACCAACUACUGAUAUCCCACCAGCUACUGAUAUCCCACCAACUACUGAUAUCCCACCAACUACUGAUAUCCCACCAACUACUGAUCUAGCACCAACUACUAAUAUCCCACCAACUACUGAUAUCCCGCCAACUACUGAUAUCCCACCAACUACUGAUAUCCCACCAACUACUUAUCUACCACCAACUACUGAUAUCCCAUCAACUACUGAUAUCCCACCAACUACUAAUAUCCCACCAACGUCUGAUAUACCACUAACUUCUGAUAUACCACCAACCACUAAUACUACAACAAUUUCGGCAGCAAAAGCCUUUAGCACAUCCACAUCAGAUCCAAAUGUUAAUAGCAACACAAGGAAUGAUAGAUCUUCAACACCAAUAGCCAGUACCACAACAACAACAAAAAAUACCAAAUUGACCAAUGCUACAGCAACUAAGAACUCGGUUAAGCAAACAAUUCAAACUAAGCUCGACCAAAACAUUGCACAUAAUAAAUGUACACACAUACAAUCAUCGGAAAUGGGCCAACCAAGUCAGAAAAACGCACCAGAUAAUUUUAGACCACUACACCUUCAAGAAAACUUAACACAACCAAACCUUGAAACGUUUGGGGAGAAUGGUCAGACAUUCUUUGAAAAACACAAGGAUAUGUUGGACAACUCAGACGUUAUCCAAGAAAGCUCAGAUGGAGAAAGUCAAACGAACGAUAAGCAAAGUGUGAAGGUCAUACAAGAAAAGAAUAGCAUAAAUAGCAAAAUGGAAGAAACGAAACGAAAACCAAUGCUCAGCAAAUGGAUUAGAACCCGCACUAGUGACGAUCGAUUAAACGAGACAAACAGCAUGAGAAACAGUAUGGACGUUGAGAACACAGAAAAUGGCGGAUAUCAACUUUUAAAUAGUCGGACAAAAAAUGACUCACCAAAAUCUACUACAAGAUAUUUCAAGAAACAGGCCCCAAAGAAUAAACUUCACAAGCAUUAUUACAGUAAUGUGGGGCCUCAUGCCUACGCCUCCAGGAGAAAAUACUUCUGGAAAUAUAAAGUGAAUAUUUCAUCAAAAUAUGUCAAGAAAAAAACGAAGAAAACAAAUAAAAAGGAUAUGAAUGUUAAAAUGAAAAUAUUGACAAAAGCUAAAGAAUUGGAUGUCAAUUAUAUCCGGUACCCCAGAGAACCGAAACAAGCCAGAUUAAAAUCUGUGACGGAUAUGGAUGGUCCUUUACCAGUGUUGGCAGUACAGAAUUUGAUUGAGCGUGCUCUAAGUACCGAAACAACGAAAAUAAAAUCUAAAAAACGAAAAGCAAGUGGGAUUGGCAAGAGGGUCGUAACUUUCCAUCUAAAAUACUCCCCAAACAUCAUACACCAUUGCAAUCAGUUGAAUGUCGAGAAUGUGAAAUACCUGGCUACUGACAGCAAUCAGAACAUCUUCAUUGGGCACGUCUAGAGUCAGACUGAUGACACCACUUAUAGUGACACCUAAAAGGUGACAUCUUCAGUGGGCAUGUCUAGAGUCAGAUUGGUGACACCAUUUCUGUCACAUAUGACAUCUAUAUUUUGACAUCUUCACGUCUACCAUAGAGUGAAGACAGGAUGCAUACUUUUGCUUCCCUUCGUUUUAAAACACGUCCGUCGAUUAAUUGGGUUAAUGGACGCCAGCGAGAAAAGUCUCAAAGGUAUUUGAGAGGUCCAUAAAUUAAAUUUAAAUCAUGCACUGCGUAGUUACAAUUAAUAUGGUUAUAAAAUCCUGCCUGUCUGGUUUUUUCGGACUUUAAUAAAGAUUGGAUGUAUCUGAUGUUUUUAAUAUUUUCGGUAACUAAAUAAAAAUAAAAAAACAAAAGCAAAAACAAUUUGGUUUUCACGUGUAAUAAGGACAUAAACAAUGACAUCCUGCUAUUCGAUAGGCUGCCAUAAAU